AUGUCCCUAGUGUGUCUUCGCAUGUCCCAGUGUGUCCCAGUGUGUCCGUGCGUUUUAGUGUGUCUUGGGGUGUCUUGGCGUGUCCCAGUGUGUCCUGGUGUCAUCGUGUGUGCUGGUGUGUCAUCGUGUGCUGGCGUGUCCUGGCGUAUCCUAGUGUCCUGGGGUGUCAUCGUGUGUCCUGGCGUGUCCUAUCUCCUGGGGACUGAGAGGUUCUACGUGGUCUCCUGUGGCACUGAGAGGUACUACGUGGGCUCCUGUGGCACUGAGAGGUUCUACGCAGUCUCAUGUGGCACUGAGAUGUUCUACGCGGUCUCCUGUGGCACUGAGAGGUUCUACGUGGGCUCCUUUGGUACUAAGAGGUUCUACGCGGUCUCAUGUGGCACUGAGAGGUUCUACGUGGUCUCAUGUGGCACUGAGAGGUGCUAUGCGGUCUCAUGUGGCACUGGGAGGUUCUACGCGGUCUCAUGUGGCACUGGUUCUGCUGGCUCCCUGGGCUGUGGUUCUCCCUGGGUUUACGUGGUUUAUCGUCUGUAG